UUCGCGCGCCAGAAACUGGGUUGUCCACAAACAGUAAAACUUCUUGCCCUUUGCAGCCGAUUUUUCGACUAUUUCAAUCUUGUUUUCUGUUUUACAAUUGUAUACCGACUUCAGCAAUGUCGGCCGAAGAGGUUUUGCAUAGAGACACGUGUGAAUACAAAAAUCUAAGCUCAAAAUUUGUUCUCCCUAACACCGAUGACUUCAACCGGCAAUUUGCUCCCAUGUACAUGAUGCGUCUGAAGACCAUUCGUGAAUCUUUGAAGGCACUUGCCAGGAAGAAAUGGGGCCAAGAUGUUCCCAUUAUCGAACUCUACCAGCUGCAGGAUGGUAACGAAGACCCCAAGAAGUGCAUCAUUGUGGGAACAUUGUACAAAAAUCAAUCCUUGAAGCCAAAUAUUUUGAAGGAAGUCAGUGAAGAGCACCAGCUCGAAGCAACGUCAACACUCACAUUUUUUGCUGACGAUUCGGACAGUUUGGUGCUAGAAGAUGAGCUGCAGAGAAUUGCUCUCUGUGGGAACAUAAACGUACAACAAUUGGUCACCGGAAUUGUAAUAGCUGUUCUUGGAACGGACGAUAGGCAAGGAAAUUUUACUGUUGAGGACUGUUGCUUUCCGACACCAAAAGAACGAGUGCACAAACCAUUGGCAGGCCCUGACAAAUAUGUACUUCUUGUGAGUGGUUUGAGCAUCGGCAAUCCCAAUUCCGGGGACGGUGUAAUGUGUGCGGAAAUUCUUCUCGAGUUUCUCCGGGGACAGGCAGGCAGUCCCGAAGACCAGGAGCGCAUGUCUCACGUUGUGAGAGCAAUUUUUGCUGGUAACAGUUUGCAAGAUCACCCGCAAGCUAAUAUGGGCACCAGGCAGCUGCGAAAUGUGGACGCUCAAACUCAAGAAAUGUUGAUGAGCAGUGCUAGACGUCUAGAUGAUUACUUUGCAGAGAUGCUCACUUCCAUCGAUGUGGACAUCCUGCCUGGUGAAUUUGAUCCCUGCAGCCAAAUGUUGCCGCAACAGCCGUUCCAUCCAUGUAUUUUCCCAAAGUCGACCAUGUUUAACACAUUGCACUUGGUUACAAACCCAUACAAAUGUGAGGUCGGCAACUGUCUCAUCUUGGGAUCUUCUGGACAGCCAGUUUCUGACAUUCACUCAUUCUGCAAAGUUGAUAACAGGCUGGACGUGCUCGAAAAUUGCAUCCGGUGGGGUCACAUGGCUCCAACCUGUCCAGACACCCUUUAUUCUUACCCCUGCUUCCACAAUGACCCAUUCAUGAUUGAGGACUGCCCUGACAUUUUCUUUGCAGGAAACCAACCAGAGUUCCAAACCAGAACCAUAACAACUGAGAAAGGACAGAGAGUUUGUCUUGUGUGCAUUCCUUCUUUUUCGAAGACCCAGACAGCAGUAAUGGUCAACAUCAACACUCUCGACUGCCACCCUCUCAGCUUUUCGAUUGACCUGCCAAAAGCUAUUGCUGAGAGAUGAUAAUCAAAGAACAGGAGGUAUGUCGAUUCAAAUUUCAUCAAUAAGAGUUGGUACAAGCUUGACAACUCUUCUGUAAUAAAUUGAAAGAAGAUAUUUCAUUGAAGUGAAAAAUUUCAAACCAUACUUUUUUUAGAGUUCUUAUAAAUAAAACAUUAUUUUUGCAGAAAUAAAAAUUUACGUUACUUUU